AUUAUCGUGUUGUUGACACAUCAGAAGGUCCCGUGAAAGGAUACAAGGAUGGCGGAAUCUAUGGUUUCUACAAUAUACCUUACGCGAAAGCACCGACUGGAAGAGAUCGAUUCAAGCCAGCAUUACCAGCACCACAAAGAACUUAUCUCCUAGAAGCUGUUGACAAAGGAAUUGUGUGCCCUCAACCGAAAGAUCUUUGGGUGCUUUUAAAUCGCAGUUUUCUUAUGACUGAAGACUGCCUUAUCGUCAAUAUAUUUACACCGGAUACAACUAAAACAAAUUUACCAGUUUUGGUUAGUGUUCACGGCGGUGGAUUUGUAAUAGGUGACGGUAAUCUGCUGAGAUACAAGAACUUAAUCAAAGACAGAGAGUUAAUAGUAGUCACAUUCAACUACCGUCUCGGGGCUCAUGGGUUUUUAUGUCUCGGAACGGAUGACGCACCUGGAAAUUCCGGCAUGAAGGACCAAGUUGCUCUCCUCCGUUGGGUUAAAGCAAACAUCGCUAAAUUCGGUGGAAACCCUGAUGAUGUCACAAUAACUGGCGGCAGUGCUGGAGCAGCGUCAGUUCAUUUACUAAUGCUAUCACCAAUGUCACAAGGAUUAUUCAAUAAGGUCAUACCAGAAAGUGGUGCGGCCACAGCGCCGUGGGCCGUUCAGAUAGAUCCUAUCUGGGUAGCUCAGGAAUAUGCAAAAAUGCUGAAUUUUUCCAAUUAUCAGGACUUAAAUGCGCUUGAAGAAUUCUAUAAAACGGUGUCUUAUGAAAUUUUAGCGUCUGAAGCAAUGCAGCUCAUGAAUCAGGCUCACGCUUCAAUUUCUCUUGGCCCAUGUCUGGAGAAGGGUUCUGGUGAUAAGUUCCUGACUGAGAGUCCGGUAAAUAUACUGAAGAGUGGAAAAUAUAGUAAAGUGCCAAUGCUGUUUGGAUUUGCAAAGAUGGAAGGCUUGAUCAGAAAAGAUGUUUUUGACGAUUGGUCAGAGAGGAUGAACGCGAAAUUUUCUGACUUUAUACCUUUAGACCUGGAUUUGGAUAACGAAACCAUUCAGAAGGUGAAAGAGUUCUAUUUUGGUACUUCACCAAUUGACAAAACUAAAAUUGUAGAUUAUAUUAACUACUUCACGGAUAUUGUCAUCGCGUACCCAACACUAAGAUCGUUGAAGAUGCAUAUAGAUGCAGAUCAGGAUAACAUAUACUUAUAUGAAUUCUCAUUUGUACAUGACGAUCUACCAUAUAUACCUUACACACACAUACGAGGAGCUGAUCAUUGUGCUCAAACGCUGCAUGUGGGAGACGGAAACUUGACGCAUACAGAUGAUGGCGUAUUACCGGAGGAAUGUAGAGAAAUGAAAAGAAAAACUCGGGAACUCUGGUACAACUUUAUAACAGAGGGGAAACCAGUGCCAGAAGGUUCAGCAUUUCCCUCUUGGCCUCCCGUGGGCAAGGACCUAUCACCCCAUAUGGUGAUAGACGAUCCACUGGUGCUAAAAGAUGUAUUAAAUAAAGAACGAAUGGUCUUUUGGGACGAAAUAUAUCAGAAGAAUUAUCGCCAUCCUUCACCUUCGAAAAUUAAAUUGUCAACACGUACUGAAUUAUAG